GAGCCCCAGGCUACAUGUCCAUAGCACCCAGGGGUUCCGCCUUCACUUGUCUUCUUGAGGCAUCUCAGAGCCUGCGCUCCCCUCUCCCCGCCUACCAGGGGAGACCUGUGUUCUAGAUUUGGCGCUGACACUCCCCAGGUAUCUUCCUAUCUCCUAGAGCCUCAGUUUGACCUCCAUAAAAUAGGGUGAUUUAAGGGUCCUCCCAGCCCCCAGUCCUGAGGUCCUUUACUCUGGACUCUUUCAUCAUGUGCUCCAGAACUUGGGGGAAGAAGUCAAGAGUGUAGCAAUUCCAGAGGCUCCCUGGAAGAGGCGUUGACGGUUUCUCAACCGGAUAAAGUUAAGUGGCAUUAAGUUCUAGCCGUCUUAUUUUAAGUGUGAUCAGUUGAGUCUUGGUCACCCAGCCAUACUUUUUGUUCCCUGCGUUUCUUUCUGUAAACGCCCUCAAGCUCAGCCCAGAAGAGAGUGGGGCAGUCUGGGUAUGGAGGUGAAAGUUUGGAGGGUGACCCGGGGAGCUGACAACGUGCAUCUGCCUUUGGUGCUUGCUCCUGCAGGGAGUGCUUGAUGCCCCCUCGCUAGGCCACCCCCCAUGCUGCCCCUGUCCCGCUGGCUGAGAUCUGUGGGGUUCUUCUUGCUGCCAGCCCCCUGCUGGGUGCCCCGGGAGAGGUGGCUGGGUUCCCUACGGCAGCCCUCCCUGGUGCAUGGGUGCCCAGUCCUGGGGGCCUGGCACAGUGCCCGCUGCUGGUGCCAAGCAUGGACAGAGGAGCCUCGAGCAUUUUACUCCUCCCUCAGAAUGAAUGGAGACCAGAAAUUGGAUGUUUAUGCCCAAGAAAGGCAGGAUUUCAUCCAGCACUUCUCCCAGAUUGUCAAGGUGCUGACUGAGGAGGACAUUGGACACCCAGAGACAGGAGAUGCUAUUGCCCGACUCAAGGAGGUCCUGGAGUACAAUGCCAUCGGAGGCAAGUACCAUCGGGGUUUGACAGUGCUGGUAGCGUUCCGGGAGCUGGUGGAGCCCAGGAAGCAGGAUGCUGAAAGUCUCCGGCGGGCCCUGACCGUGGGCUGGUGUGUGGAACUGCUCCAAGCCUUCUUCGUGGUGUCAGACGACAUCAUGGAUUCAUCCCUCACCCGACGGGGCCAGAUCUGCUGGUAUCAGAAGCCAGGCAUAGGUUUGGAUGCAAUCAAUGAUGCUUUCCUUCUGGAAGCAUGUGUCUACCGCCUGCUGAAGUUCUACUGCCGGGAGCAGCCCUAUUAUAUGAACCUGAUUGAGCUCUUCCUGCAGAGUUCUUAUCAGACUGAGAUCGGACAGACCCUGGACCUCAUCACGGCCCCCCAGGGCAAUGUAGAUCUUGGCAGAUUCACUGAAAAGAGGUACAAAUCUAUUGUCAAGUACAAGACAGCUUUCUACUCCUUUUACCUUCCUGUAGCUGCUGCUAUGUAUAUGGCGGGCAUUGAUGGGGAGAAGGAGCAUGCCAAUGCCAAGAAGAUCCUGCUGGAGAUGGGAGAGUUCUUUCAGAUUCAGGAUGAUUACCUUGAUCUCUUUGGGGAUCCCAGUGUGACGGGCAAGAUCGGCACUGACAUCCAGGACAACAAGUGCAGCUGGCUGGUGGUUCAGUGUCUGCAACGGGCCUCUCCGGAACAGCGCCAGAUCCUGCAGGAGAACUAUGGGCAGAAGGAGGCCGAGAAGGUGGCCCGGGUAAAGGCGCUAUACGAGGAGAUGAAUCUUCGGGCUGUGUUCACGCAGUACGAGGAACACAGUUACAGCCACAUUAUGGGUCUCAUUGAGCAGUAUGCUGCGCCCCUGCCCCCAGCCAUCUUCUUGGGGCUAGCAAACAAGAUCUACAAGCGGAAAAAGUGACUUAGAGACUGUGAAGGUGGAGGGGGAGGCUCUCAAUAAAUUGUUGUCUAACCUGUG